UUCUCCUGUCGUGCAAAGUAGUUAUGAGAAUGUCUACUUUGCUUCUCAAGUGACUUUAUUCUUAAUACCUUUCCUUUCGUUGUUGUUAGUUGAUUUGAUUACUUAGACAACCACCUAAUUAACCGUGGAGAAUAAACAGAGUAUCGACGCUGUGGGAGGACUGGUUAUCUUUAACCCACUUUUACACGUCUCACGUUUGCCUACUGUUAUGGUAGCUACUUUGUUUAGGACAUGCUAAGUUUGGAAUAUAACAAAGAGUCAGUUCUCUGUCAGGGGCUGUAUCGACAGAUGACCAAAAGGUAGCUGUGACCACCAGCUAAAUGCGGAUUUUUCCUCAUUUGAAUGUGACUGGAUAUGUCGCCUGGCUCAUCAUGCGUAGCCAGGCGUCGUCCCCGCCGCUGGCACUGACCGUGCUGGCUGCGUUGUGUGUCGGUUUGACACGGUGCGUUGCAUCCGAGUCUCCUGGACCACAAUGUGAUAAUGGAAAGAUGUCUUUAGACCGAGAUUUGCCUGCAGAUGCUGUUAAUUGGGACUGUGCAGUACCUACCUGGCCAGAGUCUACUCAGAAACUUCCAAGUAUUGACACUGUGUAUGAUCCUGAGCCAGUCAGGCAGAUAUGUAUGGAUGAGCCUAUCUCCUAUAAUUACAGCAUUCCCAACAGUGGAGCGUUCAGACCAGUAAAGGCAGAAAGUGGAGAGUACUUGUAUUGUCCUCCUCAGCGGUGGCUGAAUAACCUGCAUCACGGAGCUGUUGUGUUGCUGCACCAUCCUUGUGCACCACUCCGUGAGCGCCAUCUCCUGUCUGGAUUGGCUCGCUCCUGUCUGCCUGGCUACGUCAGUACGUCGCACCCACAACUCAGCAGACACAUGCCUGUAGCGUUGGCAUCCUGGGGUCGAACUUUAGAGAUGGGCACUGUGGCCUCCUCUGACAUCUGUGAUUGGCUGCAGACCACACGGACCACAAGAACUGAUUCUUAUGAUGAGGAUCAGACCAUGAAGUACAACCUCCUGUUGAUCAGGUCAGAAGGUCUGGACCGGCUCGAGCGCUCUACAGUGAAGAAGAAGUCUCUGAGGCAAUGCUGUGAGGAGACCAUCUUAUCCCUGCUGAGAGGAACCGGAGAGUCAGCGCUCCACAUGAAGAGGAAACACCUGACACACAUAAAAAAAGGAAGUAAAAACAGGGAAAAAAGGGCAGCCAUUAGAGAAACAGAAGACAAAAACAACAAAAGACACAACACAUCAAAUAUCUUGAAUUUUUCAACCAAUCAGAUGAACAAAACCACCUCCCACAAUCACAGUAGCUCACUUGAAGUGGAUUCAGUUCCAGAGAAAAGGGCUUUCUCAGAUCAUCCUUUUCCACGGCAAGCUCUUCAGUCAAAGAUCCAGAAACAAGAUCAGAACCUAUCAUCCUGGACCAUGAUUAAUUUGGUCUCCAACGUCUCUAAAAGUACACUCAGUGCUGAUUCAGUAGGACUCAGGGCCUCUAAGUUUGAGAAAAACAAGCUGGUGGUGCAGGCAGAAGCCCUUCAGCCCAGUGAUAAAGAAACAGAUGUCAGACAAUCAGUCACCUCUGCAGAGACAGAUGUGUUUGCAGAUGGUGUGAACAGCAAACAAAACAGUUCUGCCAGGCCUGAAACUGCUGCUUCAAAAGAUGAAAGUACAAAUGCUGUCAAACAAAAAGAUGUGGACUCUGCUAAACACAGCAAGAUGCAGAGUGAAGAGGUAGUCGACGUGGAAGAAAGAGAGGUGGAGCACAAACAAAGGCACAGCACCACACACACUCACCACAAAGGUGAAAACACCGGGUUUGAUUCCUCUUUUAAAUCUCAGCCGGAGUCUCAACCGCAAGAAAACCCCCAGCCAGCCGAGCACAGCCACACCAACAGCCAGGACUGCGACAGCUGCAAAGCAGGAGAACGCUGCGACUGCACCAAGGUCUCGGGAGCGGAGGCCCACGCCACCGCUGUGAAUAGAGGCUUGCCGAGGACUCCUAGGUCAGACGAGGCAGUGUGGGCAGCAGCAGCACUGGGCUUCCUGCUGGUUCUCCUCACACUGUCAGUUCUGCACACUCGCCUGUACCGCCACUGGAGGACCAUGCCCAGUCUGUACUGGCACGACCCACGGCAGGACUACGACAGCGUCGCAGACGUGAUCCGCAGGAGGUUGCGAAUUGCAAAGCGAAGGAGGAAAAGGGGCAGAAGGCAGGAAUGUGUUCUCCUGCCGAGCUCCUCCAGCUCAGAUGAGCAUCCAUAGAACAACAGCAGAAAGAUCCUGGAGGUGGUCAACAUGUCAGUUUGGAGGUAGCGGAAACAAGAGUGGACCAAAAGAAACUGUAGACAUGUUGCAAAGGUUUUUCAUUGUAGCUGAAGUGUUGAUACAUGAUAAGGUUGAAAACACCUAAAGGGUCUGGUACAGUUUUAAUUGGACUGCAGAGGAGCUAUCUCAUGGGUUGCAUUUGGAUUUUUUAGCUGUGGACCAGCUGAAAGGACUGCUGCUUUUUAAUCAGUAGCUCCCAAAUAAUCAUCAAAGAAUCAAUCCAAAGCACUCCACCCUUUUUAUCUUUUAUAGUUUUAUAACAUCAUGUUUUUACAAGUAAAGGUUUAGAAUAUAAAGGUUGCUGUUGUAAGCAGCUUUGUGUGGUAUUUUCUGUAACGUGAAUUGACAUUCAGGCAUGUUUUAGACACUUUCUGUAUGUCACGGGCAAAGGCGCGCAAAACGACAUCAAUGCAAUAUUGAUAGAAAACUUGAAAAAGCGAUUGCUAUGAGGUGUUUCAUAUAUUGUAUGAUGUAUUAUACUGUAAAUAUUACAUGGUAGUUCAUAUAUCGUUAUGGUAAUAGGCUUGGGGUUGAAGACAUCUACCUGCUUCAGAGAGCCCACUCUCAUCUGGAUCAAUCAGGCAGCACUUGGAGGAUCAUGUUCUUUGGUUUCUCAAGUGCUUAUAAUACAAUUCAGCCGGUCUAUUAUAUGGUGGUCAGCGACACUAGAGCACUACAAGGGACUGUACUCUCACCAUUUCUCACUGUACACCUCAGACUUCCAGCACAACUCUGAGCUCUGUAAUCUACAGAAAUACUCGGACUCUGCAGGUGUGGAGGUGGGGGGUGUAUCAGUGAUGGACAAGAAGCUGAGUACAGAGGACUGGUCGGUCAUUUUGUGAGAUGGUGCAGUAACGAUCUCUUGAAUACAAACAAAAGAGAUGAUCGUUGACUGUAGGAGGAACAAGAGUAAAGAAAACACUGUUUACAUCCUGGGAGAAGAGGUGGAGUAAAUUAUAUACACAAUCCUACUUCUUUUUAAAACCAAUAUUAGAAAUUUAGCAAAUUAAGUCCUAAUUACAUUCACUUCUGUUUGUUGUACAGAAAAUUGAAUUUGCUGUAAACUGAAUCUGCACCUGUAAAGGUUUGACGUCUCCUUCAAGAGGCUGAAGACAAUCUGAUUUGUCUUUAGGGUAGAAAUCUUAAAUUAUGUCCACGUAGAACAGACUGAAGUUGAGUGAUGUAUUUUUUUAACAAAAUAAAAAGUUUAA